GUCUGUGGGAGAACAGUAUUGCUAGCUCUGACAGCAUGUGUGUCUCGGAAAGAGUGUAAGGGAGGGAGUGUUUGAUGUACGGCAAGAGGACGUAUUAAUGCAGGUAGACGGAGUGUGUUGGUAUCGUUAAAUAUUUGGAGGUCCAUGUGAGAGUACAUGAGGAUCCAUCCUGGGGCAAAAGAGAAAGCUGCUUCUUUUUGCUGAUUGAUAGAGAGAAAGAGAGUGGAGGAGUGACUCAUGGUGAGAGUGAGCAGGAUUUGCUCAGGGUUCUGCUGAUCCUAACACAGGAAGCUUGCGUUCUUCCCUUUUUUGAGGCCACUGUCACCAGCUAUCACACAAAGGGGUUUCACGCAGACAGUGCUACGAUGUCGUCAUACAACGUCAAACUGAGGAGAGUCGGCGGUGCGGACUACGACACACAGAUCAAAGAGGUUCGUAAUCAGCUUGCCGAGCAGCUGCGAGUUGUUGAUAGCCAUCUGGAGCAGAAGAGCCAGGUGCUGCAGGAACUGAGUGACUACCUGCGCCGGCGGGGCGAGAUCGAGAGCGAGUACGCCCGCUCGCUGGACAAGCUCGUCGACAAGUUCACCUCCAAGAGCAGAAAAAAGGAGUCUAGUAGCCAGUCAGCGGUGCACUGUUGGCAUAUGCUGUUGUCUCAGACGCGGCAGGAAAGCAAAGAUCACAGUGCUCUGAGUGACAGCUGCAGUACUGCGCUACCUCAGGAUCUCUCACGCUGCCUGGAACAUGUUCAGCGCCUGGCAAAAAAAAGUAAAGACAUCUGCACUCAGCUACAGGAUGGUCUGCUGAAGGUAACGGUGGAGCUGCAGACUACGUUAAAAACAUAUUCCCAGUACCAUACUGAGUACCUGUCCGCCGAGGUCAAACUGAAAGAAGCUGCCAAACAGGAAGAGAAACAGAAACAGAGCGCUGCAAGGAAGAUAGAGAGACUGAUCGAGAAAAGACAGUGUAAAGUUCAGGAGAUCCAGCUAAAGUGCAACAAAGCACGCAAUGACUAUCUGCUCAACCUGGAAGCUGCCAAUGCUUCCAUGAACAAAUACUUCCUGCAUGAUGUCUCCAGCCUCUUCGAUUACAGUGAUGCAGGAUUCCACCAGUCACUGUCUCAGGUUCUGAGGCUGUACAUGUCCAGACGCUCCCAGUCCCACCAUAACCUGGGCUCAGGGCUGCAGCAGUUGGCUGGUGCUCUCUCGGGCCUGGAUCAGAACCAUGACAGAGACACACUGAUGCAGAUGCACGAGGCCACCUUCUGCCUGCCGCUCCGCUUUCAAUACCAGCCCCAUGAAGGAGACCAAGUGUGUGAAGUGAGUGCAGACUGUGAGAUGAAGAGUGAGCUUGAGACUCGGUUCCAGCAGCUGCAGACUAGGCUGUCCUUGGUCACUAGUGAAAAUGAAGAGCUCAGUAACAUGGUCCAGGUUGCUCACACUGCCAUGCUUGACUGUAUUAAUGAGGAUGUCUUUGGCUCCACCCCUGAGCACAUUACCAGCCAAUCACCCGAGAGUACCAAUGAAGUCUCAAACAAUAAGUUCAAUCAAGCAAAACGUAGGACCAAUCUGCAAGAAGUGGAGAACUCCUAUUUUAUGAAAGUUAAAGACUAUCUCUUAACUGGCUCCUUAGCGUCAAAACUACAGGCAAGGCAUGAUCUACUCAAAGUUGCAAUACAAAAAGCUGGAACUGUUGACAGUCACCAUCCCAGAAAGCGCUCCAGGAAGUCUGUUCGCCAAAAGAAGAGUCAGCUGUCUGCUCAGACCAGCCUAAGCCCCUUCUUUGGAGACCUGCUGUCUUACAUCCAGGCAUCCGGAGAGCCGAUUCCUGUGGUGGUGGAGAGCUGCGUCAGGUUCAUCAAUCUCAGUGGCUUACACCAUGAGGGCAUCUUCCGAGUGCCAGGCUCCCAGCUAGAGGUCAACCGGCUAAGGGAUACAUUUGAGAGAGGGGACGACCCCCUGGCUGAUGAGACAUGCGACAUGGACUCAGUGGCAGGUGUACUGAAGCUGUAUUUCAGAGGAAUGGAAAAUCCCCUCUUCCCUAAAGACAGCUUCGACCAGUUGAUGGCGUGUGGACAAACAGAAGAUGAGAUGGAGAAAGUAGCAGAGUUAAAGAGAGUCAUCCUCUCCUACCCUCCCCCACUUAUUGUUGUGAUGAGAUACCUCUUUGCAUUCCUCCACCAUGUCUCCCAGUACAGUGAUGAGAACAUGAUGCAGCCCUACAACCUGGCCGUGUGUUUUGGGCCCAGUCUGAUCAGGGGGCCUGAGGAUGCAGACGCUGUCGCACUCCAGCAGAUCAAUGCCAUCGUCAAAACCAUCAUCACCCAGCAUGAGAGUAUCUUUCCCAGCCAGAGCGAACUGGACGGACCCGUUUAUGAGACGUGCAUGACACUUGAACAAGAGGAUAUUGAGGUUGCGGGAGAAGAGGGGGAGCUGGAAUCGGACGCAUCACCGCACAAAGAAGUCAAAGAGGAGCUGGAGGGAAUAGCCUUGUUUGAUUACACGGCACGUUCGACAGCUGAGCUGUCCUUCAAACAGGGUGAACGUGUCCUACUUCACAGCAGAGCCUCCUUUGAUUGGUGGAGAGGGGAAGUGAACGGCACAAAAGGUCUUAUCCCAGAUAAAUACAUUAGCAUGCCAAGUGCGGCGGGAGGGCAAGAUCACAGAGACAGAGAGAGGAGCAGCAGUGGAAGCCAGACAGUGGAGCAACCAGCCGGGGUGACCCACAUACGGCCCAGGGUUUCCAGUGAGAAGUCUGGAGUUAGUGCCAGCCAUGUGCAUGCAGGCAAAAUUACCCUCCAGAUACCCACAGGGCAACAUAUGCGGCAAGCCACUUCUCCAGGGGCUUUACGUAAACCAAUAGGUCCCCAGAUGAGAAGGUCUGCAGUUGACAGUGAAUUAGGAGAGGAGAUGAAAAUAGAGGUGGACAAGGACGUGUGUCAUCAGAUGAAUUCUGUCUUCAAGGAGCUUCUCUCUCGCCAGCAGUCUGGCGAGCAACCCGAAGUGUCACACUCUUCCUCGUUGCCCACUGAGACCUUGUCUUCCUCUCUGCCACAGAACUCUCAGGGGAGACGAGGCAGUGCAGAGAGGAAGAGGCGUUUUUAAAAUGGCAGAACAGAUGGACUGAGAAUUAGAGAAGGACAAUUAGGCCUGACACACUCUGAAAGUGAGAUACAAUGCAUGGGUCUGUUGGUAGUUAUUAACAAAAGAGAAGUUACUUACAAAAGUAAAUGCCAUGGUAACCCAAUAGGUUUGAUGACAAUAGUGGAGAAGUUUGCAUUCCCCAUUCCCUGAUCAUAUUACAUUAGUGCAUAUCUGUGCCAUUCUCUACAUUUAUGAUUAUCAUAUAAAUUGUCAGUAGCGGCAUAACACAUACUAGCUUAAUUUGCUUAAAUAAUAAUUUAUUUUCUGAAGGUAUUUAUUUCCUAAAUUGUGCACCACAGGCUGCAGAUUCUUUG